AUGAGGACGCCAUCUUGGAAGACAAAAGUUGCUUCCUCUAGUAAUAUUAACUCUAUGCAUUUUAAAAGGCUUUUUAGAACAGAAAGGCGACUUUAAAACAGGGACAAUGAAAAGGAAAUUAAAUGAGAAAGAGAAAGAUAAGGUGAAGGUGCAACGCCGAGAUGAUUCAGACGCAGUGGCGAUCGUGGAGCCCUUGGAUGCUAGUAGUGCUAGUUUGCCUCAGCCUGAACAUGGAAAAUCCACUGCUAAAGUGAAAAGAAAAUACAACAAGGAGUACAUACAAUUUGGAUUUUUUUGGACUGGGGACGAAGAGGAUCCUAAACCACAUUGUGUUUUGUGUUAUGGAUCGUUAGCAAAUGAAUGCAUGAAACCUGCUAAGCUCAAGCGGCAUUUUGAGAGUAAGCACAUGGAGUACAUGGGGAAACCUAUAGGAUUUUUUGAGAGAAAACGGGAUGAACUGAAGAAACAGAUGAAGAAGGAGCCCUCACGGUUUUUUUUAGCCGGGGAAAAUGCGUUGACUACAGAGGCUUCAUACUACAUAUCCCUGAUGAUCGCAAAACUGGGUAAAUCUCAUUCGCUUGGUGAAAAAUUAGUUAAACCAGCUGCGAAGCGCAUAGCUGAGCUUUUGUUAGGAGGAAAACAAGCAGGUGAUAUAGUUGAAAAAAUACCACUGUCUAAUGACACAGUCCAGCGGCGAAUACAAUCGAUGGCUCAAAACGUUGAAGAUCAGCUGUUGAUACGCAUACGCCAAAGCCAUUUUUUUUCUCUACAACUGGAAGAGUCCACCGACAUAGGGAAUGAAGCAAAUCUGCUCUCUUAUGUAAGGUACAUAUAUGCAGGAGAAGUGCAUGAUGAUUUUCUUUUUUGUCGUUCCCUCCCGACCAUCAGAACAGGAGAAGCUAUUUUUGACUCACUCAACGAUUUCAUUACACAGAAUGACCUGGACUGGACAAGAUGCGUUGGCAUUUGUACAGACGGUGCAACUGCGAUGACUGGGAAACGUAAAGGACUAACAGCGCGAGUACGCGCAGUAGCACCAUUGGCCACGGCAACACAUUGCAUUCACAGAGAACAGCUGGCUGUCAAGAGGAUGCCCCCGUGUCUCAAGGCAGUACUGGACCAGUCUGUGGAAUUGGUUAACACAAUCAAAGCCAAAGCUCUGAACUCAAGUCUUUUUAAAGUGUUGUGUGAAGAAAUGGGAAGCGAACAUAAAAAACUUCUUUUUCAUACUGAAGUUCGCUGGCUGUCGUGUGGGAAAGUCCUCACCCGUUUAUUUGAACUGCGCGACGAGGUGAUGUUAUUCCUCCAUCCUAGUGAUGAAGUGUAUGACCAAGUGCAGGAUUUCCAGUGGCUGGCAAAGUUGGCUUACCUGGCUGAUGUUUUCAGCACUCUCAAUGCUGUGAACUUAUCACUGCAAGGAAAAGCUGUCACAGUCUUCAAUGUCCAGGACAAAAUCAAAGCUGUAUGCCUCAAGAUGGAAUUGUGGUGUGGCCGUCUCGAUCGCCAGGAAUAUGACAAUUUUCCGACACUCGCAGAUUUUCUUCUCACCACCGAAGAGCAGCUGGAUGGCGACACUGUUGCAGCCUUCAAGGAACAUCUGCAAGGCCUUCACUCGCAGUUGGGAAGAUAUUUCCCAGAGUUAGAUGCAGGCCAUGAGUGGAUCAGAAGUCCAUUCGGAGACAAAGAACACAUCAAACAUGUCUGCUCCAUGCGUCCUCCCAGAGAGGCUGACAGCCUUGUGGAAAUCACAACAGAUGGGACUCUGAAGACGACUUUCAGAGAGAAAUGUUUGACAGACUUUUGGGUCCAUGUCCAUCCUGAGCAUCCUGAGCUGGCUGGCUCGGCUCUUAAAGUGUUGAUGCAGUUUCCAACCACCUACAACUGUGAAGAUGGAUUUUCCACACUUGCUGGUCUGAAAACAAAGCAACGCAACCAGAUCAACGUGGAGCCAAAUAUGAGACUGAAACUCUCCAGUCUGGAGCCAGACAUCCCUUGGCUCAUGUCUCAGCAGAAGCAGUGCCAUUCUUCCCACUAAGUCAGAGGAUGAUGGUGAAUGGCGGUGGAACGCGGUAACAGUGGGUGUUGCGGACAAGGGAGACGCAGCGAGCGGCGACAGACCAAGCAGCCGAAAGGGUUGAGAGUCGGAGAUGCGCUGCGGGAAUCUGGACUUUAUUAUUAUUAAUAUUUGGGAUUUGGGAAUACCGGCACGACUGGUGGGGGUGUGCUGAGGUUGGAUUUAAGUUAUUUCUAGUAACUUAAAUUUAUUUUAUUAUUAAAUACACUGUAAUAAAAGGGUGGAUCCCAAACUGCAA